AUGUCAGAUGUUGAGAAUUCCCAAACAAGGAGCCGCCGUCACAUCACAACGGCCUGCGUACGAUGCAGGGAGAGUAAGAUCAAGUGCGAUGGGAAGCAGCCCAUUUGUGGCAUUUGUAGCAGCAAAAACCGCGACUGUUCCUACAAUGCUCGCAUGGACAAACGAAGGAUCCCGUUGCGGCGCGCUGUUGAAGUGUUCUCGCGCCGUGUCUCUCAAUUAGAAGUAUGCCUCCGUCAACGGCAAAUUGAGAUCCCUGCACCUAUUUUGGAUGACAGUUCCAUGUUGAGAUAUCUCACAGAAUCAUAUGGAGAUUCUGUGCCGAUUACUGCAAAUGAUGUCGCUCCUGACAUGCCUGAGUUGAGCCAAGCCAUGUCCUUGGAUGGAAAUCUCACUCAGAACUCAACAUUCCGAGGUGAUGGUACGGCAAAUAUCCAGUCUGACGCCUCUAUCUCAACAGAAACGAUCAAAACACCGAUGGCCCUGUCUGGAGACAUGACAGAUCAGGCUAGAGUUGGUUGCACCACAUCAUCAUCGCAUCAAUUACCCAUGGACACGAGCAUUGAUGCAGAUCUUAUAUGGUUCAUGUCCACCCUGCCGUCUCUGUCCGCAGAUAUUGGAGAUCAGCUACUCGGACCACUGCCAAUCUCCUUGGGCGGUGAGAAUCCUACAACACUUCAAGAUGACUAUGGUAGUUCAGAUAUCUCGACUGUAGCUCCUCUCCAAGAGAACGAUGAAGAACACGCAGAGGAUGAGGAUACAGCAGAAGUCUCUCACCAGUUUUCCGAGCGCCUGGGGACAUUGCUGCUGAAUCCCAAUGGGGAAUGGAGAUUCUAUGGCGCCACGUCUAAUCUUCAUUUGGUCCACGGUGAUUUUGGGCAUGACUUUCCUGACUUGAGUCGCCGAAAAGGUGUUCAAGCCAUACUCGAUACUGCAGGUGUAGGUCAUACAGUUGCUGAACAGCUCAUCAACCACCUUAUCACUCUGUACUUUACGUGGCAAAACCCGAGUCUUCGUGUGGUUGAUCAGGAGGCCUUUGAGACUGCUCGUAACGAGUUUCUGUUAAGCCCCAGGGAAGAUGGACUCUAUGGUGAGUUUCUUGUGAAUGCAAUGUGCGCUGUUGGCGCAUCGUUUGAGCGUUGCAAACAUCCAGAACUCCCAACUCCGCUGAGUGAUUUCUUCGCUAACCGGGCAAAGAGUCUUCUAGACUCAGAGUUGGACAAACCUCGACUUAGCACUAUUCAGGCCCUUGCUAUUCUAAGCACCCAUGAAGGAGGAGCUACCCGUGAUACACGAGGUUGGUUAUAUAGCGGUAUGGCUAUGAGGCUUGCCUUUGACCUAGGACUCCACAUUGAUCCGACACCAUACGUCGCAAGUGGUAGGAUGUCAGAUAUUGAAGCCCGUGUUCGAAAUGUCACCUUCUGGGGAACCUUUGCCACGGAUCGGAUGUGGGGUUUCUAUCUCGGCAGGCCAUUUCAUAAUACCCUCGAGAACGUUACUCUGAAGCGGCCUUCUGUCACACAGUCUGACACUUUUUGGACACCGUACGGGACUCCUGUUGCAAGCCAACAAAGGUGGCCGGAUACCCAGGAACUCAUCGCGGGCAGAUGGGUUUCGUUGUACGAGAUCAUGUCGGAGCUUGGAUACAAGAUGUACUGCAGGACGGAUGUCAGCAAGAUCGAACUGCAGUCAUUGGCUCAAAAUACCUUCCACGAGCUGAAAAUGUGGAAAUCAACCUUACCACCGGAACUGGCACUGAAUGUGGAUGAUCUGGCUGCCGGUGUCUAUCUUCCGCAUACUCUGAUCCUGCACAUGCAGCAUGCCUUUUGCAUCAUGAUUCUUCAUCGCCCCUUUGUUGCCAAAAGCUAUAUUCAGCCCUAUCCCCGAGUUGGUGCAGGACACGAGCAUGCACGGAGCAUGUGCGUAAACUCUGCCAUCGACAUUGCUAAACUGAUUGGAGGCUAUAAACUUCGCUUCUCCCUGCGUCGUGCGAAUGUCUUGUUUGUCCAUAUGGCAUUUACGGCAGCCCUGAUCUUGGUCUAUGCCGCUGUGUCAGAGCUGGAGAACCAUGACAGAACUCAGGUUACUGCGCAUCUGGAUGUUUGCUGCCAGGCACUGGCUGAGCUUGGCAAUGUUUUUGAGAGCGCAUCGAGAACAUUGGAUAUUUUGCUGUCACUGAAAAGGAUGUGGCAAGCACGGCUGGUUGCCUCAUUUCACCGGAAAAGACGAUGGAGUGAGAGUUAA